CCAUCUGCGCCACGUGGAGGCACUGCACUCGAAGCAGGGCAGGCCCCUCCUGCCUCCUCACUUGAAAUUAUCCGAGCAGUCAGACCAGUUAGCAUUUUACAGAUCCCCACUCGCGCCGGGUCGUCGUUUGGAUUUGUGUGUCGGAACAGCAGACACAGGCGGAUAAAGGCCGCGUGCUUUUCCCUCCUAUUGCCAUCCAAACGCCUAGCUUGCUAGCUAACAGUGGUCAAGAUGAACGGCGAGUUGAACGGUUUCCAUAACAACUCGUCCAUAGACGACGACUGCUUCCUCUUUACGUCGGAAUCUGUGGGAGAAGGGCAUCCCGAUAAGAUUUGUGACCAAAUUAGCGAUGCUGUUCUGGAUGCGCAUCUCAGCCAAGAUCCAGAUGCCAAGGUAGCAUGUGAGACGGUCGCUAAAACGGGGAUGAUCCUGCUGGCUGGUGAGAUCACCUCUCGGGCUGUGGUAGACUACCAGAAGAUUGUGCGAGAGACAAUCAAGCACAUUGGCUAUGACGAUUCCUCCAAAGGAUUUGACUACAAGACCUGCAAUGUGCUGGUGGCUUUGGAGCAGCAGUCCUCAGACAUCGCUCAAGGCGUUCACCUGGACCGCAAAGAGGAGGACGUGGGUGCCGGUGACCAGGGUCUAAUGUUCGGAUAUGCCACUGAUGAGACGGAGGAAUGCAUGCCUCUCACUAUCGUUCUGGCCCACAAGCUCAACGCCAAGAUGGCCGAGCUACGCCGUGACGGAACGUUGCCGUGGCUCCGACCAGAUUCCAAAACUCAGGUGACGGUCCAAUAUCGACAGGACCGUGGCGCCGUGGUGCCGCUGCGCGUCCACACCAUUGUGAUCUCCGUGCAGCACGACGAGCUCGUCAACCUGGAAGAGAUGCGUCGCAGUCUGAAGGAGCAGGUGGUCAAGACGGUGGUCCCUCCUGGCUACCUGGACGACAACACCGUCUAUCACCUGCAGCCCAGCGGUCGCUUCGUCAUCGGGGGGCCACAGGGUGACGCCGGUCUGACUGGGCGCAAGAUCAUCGUCGAUACUUACGGAGGCUGGGGAGCCCACGGAGGGGGCGCUUUUUCUGGCAAAGAUUACACCAAGGUGGACCGCUCCGCCGCCUACGCGGCUCGCUGGGUGGCCAAGUCGCUGGUGAAAGCGGGACUGUGCAGGCGUGUUUUGGUCCAGGUGUCCUACGCCAUCGGGGUGGCUCAUCCGCUCUCCAUCUCCAUCUUCCACUACGGCACUUCCCAGAAGAAUGAAAGUGAGCUGCUGGACAUCGUAAGGAAGAAUUUUGACCUGCGUCCAGGAGUGAUUGUGAGGGAGUUGGACCUAAAGAAGCCCAUCUACCAGCGCACUGCAGCUUACGGUCACUUCGGUCGUGUCCUGUUUUCAUGGGAGGUUCCCAAGGAGCUGAAAUACUAAAUCCCCACCUCCUGGUUUGCUUAUCACCUCCAGAAAGUCUGUGUGUUCACCACUUCCUGCCCUCCUCUUCUUCUGCACAAAUAGCCCCAUCACUGUCACCUCCAUUGCACUAUGUUUUUCGUCUUCAGCCAUUUUGUCUGCCUGUUCAACUGGCUACGUGUCGAGAUUACACUCCAAGCCAAUCUGGCGCAUAGCUAUAGUCAGUUUCCUUCACGCCAUUUUAUUUCUGACGUAUUACAGAGAAGUCAGAAGCUGCUAAUGACCAUUUUGGCUGUGUUGGGCUUCACAAAAGUAUCACUCCAUUUUUUAAUUUUUAUUUUAUUGUAUCGCUCCAAAUGUCAAGAGAUCAUCCUAAACGAGGUUAAUUGUUGUUGGUGUCAUUACAGAGUAGCCUAGCUUGUUUAUUGGGGGAGGUGCUUGCCUUUGUCAUGUGGCACUGCCUCCGUACAUGAUAUUGGAAUGUCUUGACUGUCCAGGGACCGAAAUCGUUGUCAACAGCAACAGAAUAUGUUGACUUCCUGCUUGUUACAUCACACGUAAAAGAGACAUUCUGCGUGGAAUUACUUUCGCAUCGCUGGAUAAAACAACAUCAGGUUGAACUCGUUGAAUGGCGCAUGCUUCUCAUACUUUGCUCCCAAUUGGAUGUGACCUGUACCGCGAUCUUCACCCACACGGUAUCCAACGCAUUUCUGUGAUUUGCGAAUGAAUGAGUCACGUUUAUUUUUGACAGGCAAGAAAAUGCAUCGCAACAAAUCACAGAUUGUUUAUCACUCGUCACCAUGUUCGCUCCAAAGACUCGUUUCGGCACAACGUCGUCAUGUUUCUGCCCGAAUGAGAUUUUUUUGCAUUAUGAAAUACUACUGACCGCCUGACCAAAGAUAAUGACUACUUGGUACUUCCUUGGUUUUUCCUUUUACACAACAUUGCAAAGCGGUUUCACACAGCAAUUCACCAUGCCCUAAUCAGAUCAUUGGACGUGGUGUCAUUAGCCACAUUGUAUAGUAUGAAAUUUAAUGUACCUGUCAGACAGCAACGUUAGCCUCUUCCACACUGCGUGUCAAUGCAAGCUUUGACUUGUAUCUCGCUUCCGUGUGAAAAGGUAACAACGCGGGACGGGGUGGAGGAAACCGUCCUAGUAAUUUGGCAGGGAUGUUGUGGAGAACAAUAUUUGUUUAGGGGAAUUGAAUCCUAAAAUAGGUCUACCGGUGCCACUGGAUCUGGGCUUCAACAUGCAAUGUGAAAGAAUUUUGGCAAGCGCAGUCUGUUUGAUUUCUUUGUGUUGAACACUCCUUGUGGUUCCUGGAGUGUACUACAGAGAAACUUCAAUAGAGCCACGGAUUGGUGGCGCAAACAGCUUGUAUGCUGACUCAUCAGGUAAAAUGACUUCCCAACUGUUGACGUUUAUGUUUACAUCCACAAGAUGGGGAAGACCUUAAUUGGCUGGUGUUGUACAGAGAAACCAGCCUGUUUACAUGGGAUCUCCCACAUUUACCCUGAUUAAAUUAUUCUGUGAAGAAAAAGA